AUGAAGCAAUGGAACAAUUUAUCGGCCGACAUGCUCAGCAAAGCGAAGAAAGCCUGUGAUCAAGAACUUCCAGCCUGUGGCAGGUGUGUUCGUCUUGGGAAGGCAUGCGGUGGGUAUCGCGAUCUCACGAGCCUCCUCUUCAAGGACGAAACGCCCGAUAUCAUUAGGAGAGCGAGUUCGCAAAGCGAGAGUGGACUGAGCUCUGUGUCUACACCAACGCGCCUUUCGAGUUCAGAAGAUAGAGACACUGCAGCGAAAGCCUUCUUCUUCCGCGAGUUCGUCUCACCGGUACAGUUAUCGUUUCUGGAUCCGGCGGCUGUGGAUGGAUUUCUCGAGCAGCCGAUUGUUGCGUGCGCUCUGGCGGCGAUGUCAAAUCGUGACAACGACGUGCAGGCCAGGGAGGCGUCGAGACGCUGUUAUAUCGAAGCUAUCAACGCUACUCAAGUAGCUCUACGGGACACAAGCAAGGCUACAGAGGACAGUACAUUGAUUGCUGUCUGCUUGCUGUCAAUCUUUGAGCGCAUCUCCUGGGAUCACCACACCUCAAUGACCUCGUGGGGGCUCCAUGUUGAGGGCUCUGCGCAAGGGUUUUUCGUGAGCUACGACAGCAUAUUCGCCGUCAGCUCGGAAACCGAAGUGCCAGAACACAUCAUCGAAUGGACCCGCGAACUCGAGUUUGAUCCAAUACUAAGCCCUGGUGAUGAGCUCGAUCUACUGGGUGCCAGACUGGCUAGCAUCCGGUCCGCCUUCUGCAAUCGAACCAAGCCGGACGUUGAGCUGGAGGAGCUAUCGCAGGCCCUCGAGAACGAUCUCAUCAGCUGGGCUGAGAGGGCACAAGCACCUGGGUCACCCUGUGCGUUCCAAAGCCGCCACGACCAAGGAUCCCCAAAUGCAUGGAACGGGAUCCACCACGACUACAGUUCGCCGCAGGCGCUUCGAUACUGGAACAAAUGGCGCUGCUAUCGUAUCCCCCUCAGUCGGCUCCAGGAGGAGCUUUGGAGACGCUCAUGGCCUGCUUUGGCACAAACAUCACGCCGUGUGCCAGACUCGGAGCACUACAGAAGAAUACGAGGUGAAAUGAUGGCCGACAUCUGCACAGCAGCCGCCAGCCUGCUGGGCAACGACGUGGCUUCCGAGCCCGCCAGAGGAAUGUUAGCUAACGCCUACCCGCUCGUCCUACCGCUGAGUGUUGCCGGUACAUGCUUGCUGCAGGAACUCGUGCAACCGGUGCUCACUCCUGAGGGGAGCCGUGUUAUCCUGCUGGACCGGCCGCUCCAUCUGAAUCUGUUCGACCAAAGAUCGACUCAGCUUGCUUGGGUGAUUGACCGGCUGGACUUCAUUUCUGGCAAGAUUGGUAUCAAGUGGGCAGCUGCAUGGAGUAGAUGGCUGCGGGGCGAGGACAGCAUAUCUUACGAUACUGCCAGGUCGGUCAUCGUACAGGGAGGCGCAUCGAACGAGCUUGAACGUGGCCAACUUCUGGAUCUUGGGAUAUGA